AUGCUGAAGUGGGUUAGCACGGCGACGCGCCGCAGCGCGUGGCUAUCCACAACAAGAACAACAGCAACAACGACGACGACGAAUGCCAAAAAGUCAACAGCAGCAACAACAGUGAAUACAACAACAAAAACACCAGCGACGGCAGCACAUGCGCUGACCUCCAAAUCAACAUCAAUCAAUUUCGCCAUGUGGCUGCUAACAACCGUGUGUAUAAUGGCCGCAUUAGUGCAGGUGACAAAUGGAUUUAAGCCAAUUGAUGUGAAUAACAGUGAAGGACGAAAACUCUUCGGCGGCUACCGGAUAACACCGAAGCAUUGUCGCGCCACCAAAACGCUAGCGAUGAAUGACCCACGUAAAAAUGGACCCACAAUCUGUAUGUUCAAUCACGAGUGUGCGCAACGGAAUGGCGAAGUGGUAGGCGCGUGUAUGGAUGGUUUCCUCUUUGGCGCGUGUUGUCAAAUACCCAGUGAACAGGAUCUUGAGACUACGCUGCUAAAUGAUGCACAGAACUCCUACUACCAACAACACCAACAGCAAAAGUUGCAAGAUGAGUAUGGUGGCGCCAAUCAAGCGGUGGCACAAUCUUACGAAACAUAUGGCGAGAGUCAACAACAACACUCACAAGAGACCAAAUACAGUCCACCAACAUUCAAGCCAAAAACGAAGCCACAGCGCAUACAGAAACCGCAACAACAACAACAGCAGCAGAAAUACAAGCCACAGCUACCGAAACCCAUCUAUGGUGAUGUGGGGGACACACCAUCCGAAGAGGUUAAGCAACCCGAGAACAGUUACACGCAAACAAAUAUAGAUAAAGUCUUCCAGCAGCUUGAGAGUAGCAGUAGCGCGGCAACUUCUUACGAAGCGCUGCAUACGCAGCAAGAAGACGCGGCCAGUAACAAGUAUCAAUCGCAGGAAUCGGUGCCCAACACAAGCACCCUAUAUAUGAUGGAGUCGCUAGAAAGUGCACAACAGGAAAUUCAACCGUCAGUUGGACCCAUUGCUUCCUAUUACGAGCAACCCCAGUCCAUAGAGAGUCAACAAGUCGAUAGUCAACAGCAGGAGGAGGAGUUGCAGCAAGAACAGCAGGAGAAACAACAAGAACAACAGGAGCAGCAGGCACAACAGCACGAAAAUCAAGAUAUUUCGUUUGAGGGCGUAUCACAGUCUAGUUUGGGUAGUGAAGAUUCGAGCACGCAAUCUUCUAGCGUAGAGUUGGAGAAGGAAGCGCAAAUGCAGCCGGAUCAAGUUGUUGCAAAUACCAAUAAUGUGCAUGUAUCUUUCACCACCGCAGCGCCACCACUAAACGAUGACUUCGUUUUGGACCUGCUAAGCACCACAUUACCGCCAUCACUCGAAGAAGAGCCGGCCUCACUUACCACAACGGGUCUGCCAAUGCGCAUUGUGAAUGGACUCACCGAACCAAACAGUUCAUCGGAGUCGAACUCCUUCGAAGAGUUGCCAGUAACACAAAAUCCAGUGCAAGGCAACGACUGGGAAGCGAAUACGACGGAAGAAGAUUCGAAAACCGAGUCGCAAGAGCAACAAACCGCCAAACCGCAACCCAAACCAAAACCAAAACCAAAGCCACAGCAACAAACCAAGCGACCACCAGUACAAAUGUUCCGGCCACAACCACAAAGGCAACCGUCCCGACCACAAGUGCAACAGUCACAGCAGCAUAAACAGAAACCGCAACAGCAACAUAACCACAAUCACCUCAUACUUGACGGCGCCGAGUUUACACACAGCGACAUCACACAUCCUGGCGCCGAUGCCGACUUAAUCGAGGAUGAUCUGCAAUUCUCUACCGGCUAUGGGCCACAACCGGUGUACAUGGAAGCGCCUGUGCGUCAACCUUCGCCCAUCAGCUAUCAACCAACAACCACUACAACAACAACACAUGCAUCAUUAGCGCCUGAGGACAAAUACGAUUUAGUGCAGAGCGUACACGAUGAGGAGGCUAGCAAAAAACCACCCACAUAUGGAGAGCCCACAACGGGCACCUCCAUUACCACACAUGUAGACUCCAUCGAAUCUAUAAUACUGCAGUUGAAUGGCACCACAAACCAUGGACCCACCUAUAAUAUUGUCAGUCAGCAACAAUCACAAACGGGCUCCUAUGAUGCGGUAGCCGAUGCGUCGGCAAGCAAAUAUGAACCAACUGGUAGCGGCUCACAUUAUGGCACAACAACUCCCAUCACAACAGGUGAGUUAGUGUAUGGUGGUGCAACAACAAAUUACUAUGACGAUGUGGAGACCAAGCGUCCGGAAGAUUACUAUACCGAAGCUGAACAAUCAAAUACGCCGAACUACUCGCCGGUCACAGCGCAAGUACCCGCAUAUUUGGAGCCUGAAAGCACCGACCUACAUCCCGCACAACAACAGCCUGCACAUUCGUAUGUGUCAAAGCCUUCUGUUAGCGCAGUCACGCAUGAAGUGCACAGCUCAACGACCGCUGGCAACUAUGCGGAAGACGCUGCCGCUGCGCUGGACGAACACACGUUGCCGGCAAAUAAUUAUAACGAUGUAUUGCAAGCGUCCUCACACCAAACGCACGAGUUCAACAAAAUGCCAGUGCUCGGCAUUGCCUAUCCAGUUGAUAUGUCGCAUAUGGAGGAAGAGGGCAACUUUGCACCGGAUGUUGCAAGCAAUUACGGUCAUGUACAACAUGCUACCACCCAGGGCUCAAUCGACAAAAUAGAUGAAGCAGAAACAGUGGACUCGAGCUACGCACAGGUACCCAUUAUUAGUGGCAAACCACAACGUCCCGUAGCGCCGUAUGUUGGUAUGGUGAAUGUACAGAAUUACAAUGGCGCCAAAUUGCCAACGACCGUUGUGUACAGUGAUGUGCCUCAGGAAGUAUCUGUCUCUUCGCAUGCGACUAAAGUACAAGAUACUCAGGCACCUUCGGCGUCGUAUCAUACACCUAAACCGGACACAUUGACCACAAUCCAAUAUGUGGACAAAAGCACUGUCGCACAACGUCCAACAAUUACCAAGACGACCGCAUCGGUUUAUUUGACUCCAACUACCACGCCGAUACCACCACGUCCACAAUAUAAUGCCGAACCUGCGGUUACCUCAACAGCACGUCCCAUUUCCGGUAUUAUCACCUCGACUGGUACCAGACCGCGCCCGCGGCCACGUCCAAAACCAAGUACCACCCGUCCGAAUAACAAAAAGAAACCAAGUGCUGCCAAGAAACCCACUACUGCAAGGCCAUUAAAUAGUUACAGUCAGACACCAGCGCAACCUGCCAGUAAUUAUGGCGGUGAACAGGUACAAACAAAGAAACCAGCUGCACAACUCUCAAACAACUAUCAGACGCCAAAUGUCAAUACCAAGAAGCCAACAGCGCAACUCUCGAACGACUAUCAAGAACCCAACUACAAUAAGAAGAAACCGGCACAACAACCCUCUAACACGUAUGGUGACAACGCUCCAGAGAACGCUUAUGUGCAGCGACCAGCACAAGCUUCGCAAGCGCAAACACAGCAACCUGCGAAGAAACCAUCAAAAGAACCCACCAAACAAACUGUGAAGCGGCCAGUGAAGCAACCGGCCAGCACCUACCAGCACAACAAACCCACAUACGUAAAGCGUCCGACUGCAGCGCCACAGCCCAGCAACAACUAUAACGCAAAACCCGCAACAAACACCUUUAAUGUUGAGCCGGUAUACCAGAGACCAGAACAACAACCCACCUACAAUGCAGAGCCUGUGACCAGGAAACCUGCCAGUCAGUCGACAAAUGCAUACAACGAUAAUGGCCAAACCAAUACUUAUGGUACCACUACGGCAACACGAAAACCCAUCAGUCACACGGCAGCCAUCUAUGAAGACCAUGUGGAUGAACAAAAUCUGCCCGAACAGGAUGCCCAGUUGUCAACGGAUAACUACGACACAUAUCCUCAAGGUACCAAGCUUACCUCACAAGACUAUGGACAGGACUAUGAUAAACCAGAUGCUGCGUAUGAUCAAAAUGUUAAAGUACCACAACCCACUUUCGAAUCGGACGCAUAUUAUCCAGCGCCACAACCGUUGGGCGGCUCUACAAAUCGACCCAUCAUUGUACGCAAACCAAGUGUGGACAGUGCAGCACCAACCACAUCUCGUCCGAGCACAACAUUUAUUUAUCACGACUCCGAGGUACCGCCAAUCGUAACGGCCGAUGAUAAGCUCGACGUUUUCGUACACGGUACUGUGCAAUCGCAAGUUUAUGGCGGUGAUGCGAAGCCACAAUAUGCGAACCGUCCACAAUACACAUAUGUACAUAAAAAACCGGGCUUUGUGAAGGUAACAUCGAAACCCAUAUCCACCACAAAUGGUGUUAUUACACCCAAGCCAACGCUAUUCACACUCGUCACAAAUAGCGAUUGGCCGCAAAGACCGAGCAGCGCCGGCACGAUCUACGAUGACAAUGCAUUCCCGCCAACAACGCCAUUGCCCGCCUUUAGCAGCACCUCAUAUAUUUAUAGUCCCGUGGUGACGAGACGUCCUGACUUAGCUAUAAACACGCCUGAAUACGUCAACCUAGCAGGUGUCACAACGAAUGACUUCGAUGAUCCAGGUUACUAUGGUGCACAGAAUGUCGCACAAAAUGUUGCGCAGAAUGGCGUGCAUCCGGCCUUCACGCAAUCGAUAGCCGAUACCGAGUAUGGUGUGCCCUCCGAUGAUCGUCCCGCAUUCCCAGGCUACUAUGGACCAACACCCACUUAUCCGCCAUUCGCCAUACCUGGUGAAAAACUGGGCGCGCCAGUCGAAGAGGAAACCUACACAUCACCCAAUGACUUUGUGAAUUUCCCACCUGUACGUAAUCCCAACCUCAACAUGUCGGCAACAUCGAGCGCCGUCACUACCGAUUUGGAACUGUCGACACCCGCCUUCGUUGAAGAUGGUGUUUUGAAGGACAAAAUGAAUACUUUGGUGCACAAGAUUGUCGAAUCGCUGCAGGGCAACUUCGACGCGCUGGCCGACAUGAUUGACGAAUCAAAUAAUACCGCGCCGGCCGGACCACCAUCAACAUAUCAAGCUGCCGGCGCAGGCGCUGGUAGCGCGGCCACAACACGCAAGCCGACAAGAAAACCAACACGUAUAGCCACACAAAAACCGACCACGCGACGUCCAGCAACACGUGUCACCACCAAACAACCGACGCGCCGACCAGCAAGCACUACCAGACGUCCGGCUACGCGGCGUCCCACAACAACCACACGUCGGCCGACUACACGCAAGCCGACACGUCGUUUAACAACCACAACAACGCAAGCACCAGCCCAAGAUGAGUUGGUGGACGAAGAGGACGAAGAAGAUGUUAAUCCGUUGGAUAAUGAGAUCGGUGACCAGGAUGAAGUUUACGCUGGCGCUGGUGGACGCAAAUUUAAAUGCGGCGUACGGCCACACAUCAAAUCUGGCAGAAUUGUAGGCGGCAAAGGUUCCACAUUCGGCGCUUACCCAUGGCAAGUGCUCGUACGUGAAUCUACAUGGUUGGGACUUUUUACCAAGAACAAAUGUGGCGGUGUUUUGAUAACGAAUCGUUAUGUCAUCACAGCGGCACAUUGUCAGCCGGGUUUCCUGGCCUCAUUAGUCGCUGUUAUGGGUGAGUUUGAUAUCUCAGGCGAUUUGGAGAGUAAACGUGCUGUUACGAAGAAUGUGAAGCGUGUCAUUGUCCACCGUCAAUACGAUCCGGCGACAUUCGAAAAUGAUUUGGCGUUGCUUGAACUCGAGAGCCCAGUACAAUUUGACACACAUAUAGUGCCAAUUUGUAUGCCCAACGAUUUGGCAGACUUCACUGGUCGCAUGGCGACAGUCACCGGUUGGGGACGUCUCAAGUAUGGCGGCGGCGUGCCAUCCGUUUUGCAGGAAGUUCAGGUGCCAAUUAUUGAGAACAGCGUCUGUCAGGAGAUGUUCCACACGGCGGGACACAACAAAAAGAUUCUGAGCUCAUUCCUGUGUGCCGGCUAUGCAAAUGGGCAAAAGGACUCGUGUGAGGGUGACAGCGGUGGUCCUUUGGUGCUGCAGCGACCCGAUGGUCGUUACGAAUUAGCCGGCACUGUAUCGCACGGUAUCAAAUGUGCGGCGCCAUAUCUGCCCGGUGUAUAUAUGCGUACGACAUUCUACAAACCGUGGCUGCGAAGCAUAACGGGUGUCAAAUAA